AUGGGUCCAGGUGUGGUGUUUGGCGUGAUCCUGCUAUCAAGUACAUGCUUAUGUGCUGUCCCGAACCAGUUUGGGAGAGAAUUUAUAGUCGUGUUUAUAGAACACGUCCAAGAUACUAGCACUCUGGAACUGUUCUUGUCAACAGAGGAGCCAUCGCCGGUUUCUGUGACUGUAUCGGCUCCUCUCGAACCGGAAACGCAGGCAACCAUCACCACGACCGUGAACCAGGGGGAGAGUACUCGUGUCACUCUUUCAAAGAAGAUUAAUCUGAAGUUUUCGGGAAUUUUCAAUCGUGGUGUCUCGGUAAUAAGCAGUGGUGAUAUUUGCGUUCAGGGUUUCACUCAGAGCGCUUACAGCCCUAUCAAAAGUGCCGGUGCAUUCUUAGCUUAUCCAGUGAAUUCGUUUGCUAAGGAGUACAUCGCCAUUACGUACUGUGAAGAACACAGUUGUGAAAUAGCUGUUGUAAGUUCUGUGAAUGAUGCAAGUGUGACCGUUCAUCUGAAAAUAUCCAAUAAUAAGAAAGUCACGUUCUCGGGGAAAGAUUUCUUCGACGGCGAUACCGUUAACAUCACACUGGACAGGCAUCAAACAGUCCAGCUGCAGUCUAGUGGAGAUCUCACGGGAUCUCGCAUUAUUUCCUCCGAACCAGUUGGGGUGUUUGUAGGAACAGACCUGACCAGUGUUAAAAAAGGAGGGGUGGGUGACUUCAUUGUGGAACAGCUUCUGCCAAGUCACGUGAUGGGCAUGGACUACUUUCUUGCGCCCUUUCCAGGUCGUACAGUUGGAGACGUGAUCAAAAUUGUUGCAGAGUUUGCAAAUACAAAAAUAACGUUCCAAGCGGUAGAUUACGUCAUUGCCAACGCUGGAGAUACGCUAGAGUUGCCAUUACCGUCAUCCUCUCCAUCGACGUUGAUAUCAAAUAAAAGGAUUGUUGUGGCACAAUUGUCUCAAUCAUAUCUUUCAAGUGAACAAAAUAACACAAACCCGUCUAUGAUGAUAAUUCCUCCAAAGGAACAAUGGCUUCAAAACUACGUCUUCGCUGCCCCACAACUUUCCAGUGGGUUUUAUCCCGUGACGAUGGCCAUACUGGCUGAAUCAGCGUGUAAAAACGACAUUGUUGUGGACUCAGUGUCUCCGACGUUAACAUGGAGUGACGUCGAUGACGUUGCUGUGACAUACGUAACGCUGAACAAUACAUCUCAUACUCUCCGUGUCAAAUCUUCUUGUGGAUCUUUGUGGGGUUAUCUCUACGGUACUUCAUACCAAAUCGCGUGGUCAAUGCCAAUAGGAUGGAACAUGAUGACACUGCCGGAGGAAAGGACAACAACGUCAUCUAGUACAUCCACAACGUCGGCACCUACAACAACGACAAGUGAAACUACCAUUACUACAUUUACAACUACAACGACCACUAUUCCAACAACAACGACAUUAACUACAACUAUAGCGACCACAACUACAACUGCAGUGACCACAACCACAACUACAACUACAACGACAACACCUGCAACUACUUCCACUUUUCCUACUACGGUCCCAUCUUCUACAACUACAUCCACUUCGCCGCAUACAACCAGUGAAGUAACAACGUCUUCAACUACCUCUCCGACAACGACACAAACUACUACUCAGACAAGCACAGCGACUACAACCACGACUACCAUGUUUCCUAGUUCAACCACGACCGCAAGUACUUUGACAUUAAACCAAACAAAUACACCAAGCAUUGAAGCUGUCAUCCCAAAUGCAAUGUCUACGUUAUCAACUGCAUCAGGUCCCUCAACAUCAACGAUAACGCCUGUAACAUCAACGGUAACAUCAACGUACCUGUCGGUAACAUCAACGGUAACGCCGAUAACAUCAACGGUAUCGCCGGUAACAUCAACGGUAACGCCGAUAACAUCAACGGUAACUCCGAUAACAUCACCGGUAACGCCGGUAACAUCAACGGUAACACCGGCAACAUCAACGGUAACAUCAACGGUAACGUCGGUGACAUCAACUGUAACGGUGGUAACAUCAACGGUAACGCCGGUAACACUAACGGUAACAUCAACGGUAACGCCGGUAACAUCAACGAUAAUGACAGUAACAACGUCAAUAUCAAUUUCGUCAGUUCGAAAACAGUUAUGUAUCUGCACAUGUGUAACGAAUUUAACAAACACCAAACUGACAAGCAUUGUUAAUGACAUCAAGAAGGAACUAUUACUACCCAAACAAUAUCUAUCGGCAACGAUACGCAAACUGACAAGUGUAGCAGACCCACGGCCCUCAGCAGCAGUUGUGGGUUCUCUGGGGGUGAUACUUAUCACCUUCACUCUUGUCGCGUUAUUGGCGUCAGACGCCAUUGCUGUCUUGUCAUACCUCUUUCAGAAGAUGAAAGCAUAACUGACUCUGGCUCUGCGGUCUGGAGUGUAGAUAUCAAAGUCAUUUUUACAUUGUGUUAUGCCAACAGCAGGGUGUCUUUAGUUAAAAAUGAAACGGUUUCAAGGACGUGGUUAACGUACAUGAUGUUUUAUACGUCCGAUUCACAUCAGGCAUUAUUUGAAGAAGGAUGCACGUGUAUAUAGCCCAUUCAGCCAGUAUGGUAUUGAGAAAUAAUAACAGAAGAAGAAAUGGACUGAAUGGACCUUGAGUGAAUGGGGUUUAACACUUUAUCGCAUGAUGAUGUGUCAACUUAAUGUAAGAGGAACAUAUUCUCCAAACUGGAGAAAUCCAUGAGCUCGAUAUGACACGAUGGAGUUCUUAAGACAUUUCCGCUGACUUGGAACAGUGGGCUUAUUCAACGUAUUCUCUCUGUAAGCAAGCUCGUCUUACAGACCAUAGUAAGUGUUGAGGUGGCACCCUCAUUGAUAUUAAGAAAAACUCUUUACAGCAGUAAUUAAUGCAAGACUCUUUGGUUUGAAAUUCCAAACAGCAUAUCUGU